AUGGAGCUGGGGGGCACCAGACUUAGGCACCAGACAGAGCAUCUACGACUCCGGCCGCCCAUGUCCUGGCUGCUGCUGCUGCCUCUCUUGCUGCUACUGCUGCUGCCGGGCCCAGCGGCCUCCCAGAUGCGAUAUUCGGUGCCGGAGGAACAGGCACCCGGCGCGCUUGUGGGCAACGUGGCUAACGCGCUGGGGCUGGAGCUGCGGCGUUUGGGGCCAGGCUGCCUGCGCAUCAACCAUCUGGGUGCGCCCAGUCCCCGCUACCUGGAGCUGGACCUGACGAGUGGAGCGCUCUUCGUCAACGAGCGCAUUGACCGGGAGGCGCUGUGUGAGCAGCGGCCUCGCUGUCUGCUCAGCUUGGAAGUGCUGGCGCACAGCCCCGUGGCGGUGAGCGCCGUAGAGGUGGAGGUUCUGGACAUCAACGACAAUUCGCCGCGCUUCCCGCGGCCCGACUACCAGCUUCAGGUAAGCGAAUCGGUGGCUCCUGGAGCGCGCUUUCACAUAGAGAGCGCGCAGGACCCCGACGUGGGCGCCAACUCGGUGCAGACUUACGAGCUCAGCCCCAGCGAGCACUUCGAGCUGGACCUUAAACCCCUGCAGGAGAACAGUAAGGUGCUGGAGCUGGUGCUGCGGAAGGGCCUAGACCGCGAGCAGGCAGUCCUGCACCACCUGGUUCUCACAGCUGUGGACGGCGGCAGCCCAGCCCGCUCAGGCACUGCACAGAUCUCUGUGCGUGUCCUGGACACUAACGACAAUUCUCCCACCUUCGACCAGAACACUUACCGCGUCCAGCUUCGGGAGGAUGCUCCCCCAGGCACAUUGGUGGUGAAGCUGAAUGCCUCAGACCCGGAUGAGGGCUCCAAUGGCGAGCUCAGGUACUCCUUGAGCAGCUACACGUCGGACCGGGAGAGGCAGCUCUUCAGCAUUGAUGCCAACACUGGGGAAGUGCGGGUAAGUGGAGCACUGGAUUACGAGGAGGCAUCUUCCUACCAGAUCUAUGUUCAGGCUACUGACCAGGGUCCCGUGCCCAUGGUGGGUCACUGCAAAGUGCUGGUGGACAUCGUGGAUGUGAAUGAUAAUGCACCAGAGGUGGUACUCACAGACCUGUACAGCCCAGUGCCUGAGGAUGCUGCAUCCAAUACCGUUGUGGCCCUUCUCAGUGUCAAUGACCAAGACUCGGGCCCCAACCGUAAAGUGAGCCUGGGCCUGGAGGCCUCACUGCCUUUCCGGCUGAAUGGCUUUGGAAACUCCUACACACUGGUAGUGAGUGGCCCGCUGGACAGGGAGCGGGUGGCUGCCUACAACAUCACAGUGACAGCCACUGAUGGGGGAGUACCACAGCUCACAUCCCAGCGGACACUGCAGGUUGAGAUCUCAGACAUCAAUGACAACCCACCAAGCUUCCUAAAGGACUCCUACAACAUCUACAUCCAGGAGAACAAUUUGCCAGGGGUGUUGCUCUGCACUGUGCAAGCCACAGACCCAGAUGAGAAGGAGAAUGCAGAGGUGACCUACUCCCUCCUGGAUAGGGAGAUUCAAGGGCUGCCAGUCACCUCCUAUGUCUCCGUUAACAGUGCCAGUGGAAGCCUUUAUGCCGUCAACUCCUUUGACUAUGAGAAGUUUCGGGAGUUCUUUGUGACUGUGGAGGCCCAGGACAAGGGGAGUCCACCACUGAGCAGCACUGUGACCGCCAAUGUGUAUGUGGUGGACAUGAAUGACCAUGCCCCUCACAUCCUGUACCCUACCUCAACUAAUUCGUCAGCAGCCAUUGAGAUGGUGCCUCGGACUGCCCCUGCUGGCUAUCUGGUCACCAAAGUCAUAGCCAUGGACUCAGACUCUGGGCAAAAUGCUUGGCUCUUUUACCACCUGGCCCAGACUUCUGACUUGGACCUCUUUAAAGUAGAGCUACACACGGGAGAAAUUAGGACUACCAGGAAGAUGGGAGAUGAGAGUGGAACCACUUUCAACCUGACUGUGGUGGUCCGAGACAAUGGAGAGCCAUCACUGUCAGCCUCUGUGGCCAUUACAGUAGCUGUGGUGGAUAGGGUUUCCAGAAUCCUCCCUGAUACUCAGAGACACGUGAAAAGUCAUCGGACAUACUCUGAAAUUACACUUUAUCUAAUUAUAGCAUUAAGCACAGUGUCUUUUAUAUUUCUUUUGACAAUCAUUGUUUUGAGCAUCAUCAAGUGCUACCGCUAUACAGCAUAUGGUACUGCGUGCUGUGGGGGCUUCUGUGGAGUGAGGGAGCGGUGCCCUGCCGAACUAAACAAACAGGCCAAUAACAAUAUUGAUGCCAGGUUACCACAUGGCCUCAAAGUGCAGCCUCACUUCAUUGAAGUGCGAGGGAAUGGCUCUCUCACCAAGACCUACUGCUACAAGGCCUGUCUGACAGCAGGCUCAGGGAGUGACACUUUCAUGUUUUAUAACACAGGGGCACAGACAGGCCUGGGGCCUGGGGGAACCCAGGCAGCAGCGAGUGACAGCAGGCACCUCACAGGCCAAAGUGGGCAGAGUGCCGGGAACCUGAUUAUUCUCAAAAAUGAUGCCGUUCCUCAAAACGAGCCCCGACAGCCCAACCCAGACUGGCGUUACUCUGCUUCUCUAAGAGCAGGAAUGCACAGCUCUGUGCACCUAGAGGAGGCUGGCAUUCUACGGGCUGGGCCAGGGGGGCCUGAUCAGCAGUGGCCAACGGUAUCCAGUGCAACACCAGCCAGAGGCAGCAGCGGCAGCCCCAGCCAGAGAACGAGCAAUCCAGGAGAGCUGUCUGGCUGGGCCGGAAAUGGCUGUAAUCAUUUAAUAGCCUUUGCUGGCUGCACUGACCUAGCGGAGUGGGAGGGACAAGCGGCAGUGAGUGCAGUCAGUGGAGGGCUGUUGGAUCAGCUGGAGGAGCUGCUGCUUCUCCCACCGGUCCUCGAAUUCACCUGCCCAGCAA